CAGAGGGGGGAUGCAUCAGUUUAACCCUCGGCUCUGCCCUCCGGACUCGCCCAUCCAGUAAAUCCAGCCGGCCCUCAGAUAAGUUGGAGGGGGGCAUGUGUGAAAUCCCACUGCGAGGAAUCCUUCCCGCACGAUCAUUCCUGAGGAUCUCUCUCUCUCUCUCUCUCUCUCUCUCUCUCUCUCUGUUCGCUUUCUUUUCUUUCUUUUUUUUUUCUUUCAACUUCGAUGGCUUGAGUGGCCCAUUUGCACUCAUGCUCGCAGUCGAGGAGGGAUGUAAAGGUACGGGCCAUCCACCGCCCUCACAUUGCACGGAGUAGCGGCGUGAUUCAGGUCGCUAUCUUGAGUGCUAAUCUGCAAAGAAAAAACUACUUUCGAGAUGUGAAUUAUCGAGAUUUGCGACUCAUUCCGCCGGCUCGCCUGUCCUAUGCUAUCGACAACGGGAUUUCAAGAGGAAAAUGAUUGUGGCAUAAACUAUUUCUGGAGACGCUUGUCACAGAUAUCGCCGCUGAACUGGACAGGGUGGAUGGUUAUUUCCCAAACUGUUCAAGCUUAUGUAUACUGCAUUCAUUUGUUGGAAACGCUGCCUAGUAUCUCCGAGAACAGCUCAAGAGGAAUGCUGGUCCAAGAUCUAAUGCCAUUUACUUUAAGUUUUUGGCCUUUUUUCUUCGGUCAUUGCCUUCUCUCACUGUUUUUGCUCUCGUGCCAGGGAGAACUCCAGAGGUCAUGCUCACGGACUGUGGCGGAGAAAGUUAGUGAACAGUGCCAGCUGGCAUGCCACUGUAGAAGAUACCCUCCUCUCCCUCCUCCACCGCCUCCGCCGCCUCCCCCACGGCUUCUAGGCACCACAGGGGAUGUGCCCAAGGAGCCCUCGUUGAGGCCCUGGUGGAGGGAGAUGGACUUUGUAGUGCUUGGAACGGUGGGCUGUGCCUCAGUUGUCUUCCUCCUCUCAGCCAUCAUCAUCUGCUACAAGGCCAUCAAGAGGAAACCACUCCGGAAAGAGGAGAACGGGACGAGUCGUGGGGAAUAUGCCAUGAGCAUCCGUAACAAGAAGGCCAUGGGUACGAACAACACUGUGGUAUAGACUGUAACCUGGGAGAAGCAGGAACUGACAUCACCAUUAAUGUCUCACCCCUCUACUGAAUACAACAAUCCCUCUCUCACCCAGAAUGCAACAGGGUUUCAUCCCAAGGUUUUAAAAUAGGUAAACCUUCCCUCUUUUCUUGGCAUGUUGCCCGGACAUGAAGACACCGCUCAGCUCCAGACGGGCUGCGAAAGAUGGAACGGAUAGAAAAAAAAAAUCAAGGCAGAAAAGACGGAUCUACAAAGCCCCCAUGGUGCCGAAAGUGGCCCAGCAGGCUGAACAUUAUGCUCUUAGUAACAGCAAGUGUUGCUGACAGGCUGGUUGGCUGCUGGCUGGAGAGGGACUGUCUGCCAGUCUGCCGCAGAUCCAGACCUCACACACACACUGUUGACAUCUGCAGCGGAACAAAACAGCCGCCCUGCAGUCCCACAGGACGGCCCAUCACAACACAAUAAAUAACGUGCAUGCAGUUUUUACAGAGAAUGCAACUUUUUUUAUACUCCAGUCCCCACACCAUCCAUCUUUUGUUCUCCGUUUUCUCAGACAGAUGCUUUUUCUGAUGUUACUGUCACUCCCGGCUCUGACGUGGAUUCAUCUGACUAUGCAAUUUAAAGAAAUCCAUGUUUCAAAAAAGCAACGAGGAGCAGCGACAUCAGCACAGGACAUUGUGGUUAUUUUCCCAUGCCAAAAAUGCCAACGCAGACUUAUCUCAAUGUAAAAUACUCCAGUCAUUCAUCACUUUAUUUAUUUAUUAGCUACGUUUGAAUUUAUUUUUCUACUUAAAAAGGGAAAAACAAACUGUCUUUUAACUUUCACACAUCUUGGACAUCUUGAUGAAACCAUUUGAUUUCCUGAUAGCUCUGUUUUUUUUUUAAGUGAAUAAUUUAUAAACCAUACAAUUCAUUUGUGAUGCUCUGAUGCUUUAAGCCUGCUGUCGGUUUGUCAAGACGCUGAUGCAGAAAACAAGCUCGCUCUGCAAAGAGUUUUGUAUCAGUCGUUUUGUCUCUGGGUGUUUGAUAUUCUUCUCUCUGUUUCCCUGGGACUUAAGCUACAACAUGGGGGGGGGGGUUAUAUGAUGCGCAUUGUGAAUGUGUGUUUCCCAGGCGUUAUUUACAGUGCAUCCAAAAGAAAUUCAGACCCCCUUCACUUUUUUCUUAUGUUGCAGCCUGAUACUACGGUCAAAAAAAUAUAUUUUUAUUCUCAUCUAUCUAUACACAGUACCCAAUCUUGAGAAGUGAAAACAGAAUUUUAAAAAAUUUGGCAAAUUUAUUAGAAAUAAUAAACUGAAAUAUUACAUUUAUAUUUAGAAAUUUAGCUUAGGUGCUUCCCAUUUCUCUCAUGUUUCUUCACCUUGAUUGGAGUCCACCUGUGGUAAAUUAAAUUGAUUGGACAUUAUUUGGAAAGGGACACACCUCUCUAUAGAAGGCCUCACUGCUCACAAUGCAUAUCAGAGCAAAAAUCAAGCCAUAAGGUCAAAGGAUCCUGUUUCUGAACCCAGAGACAGGACUGUUACAAGGCAAAGAUCUGGGGAAGGUUACAACAAAAAGGUUCCCAAAAAGCACAUUAGCUUCUAUAGAUC